AUGGCUGAGGUUUUAAAGGAACAAGGGAACGGUUUGUUCAAAACCGGAGACUAUAGUGGAGCAGUGGAAAAGUAUACCGAGGCUUUGGGUCUCGAGCCUGGCAAUGCUGUAUUAUAUGGAAACCGUGCAGCUGCGUUGAUGCAGGCUCGUGAAUAUCUCAAGGCUUUCGACGACGCUAGCUUGUCACACCGUUUGGCACCCGAGGCAUGGAAGUCUCAGCUUCGGCUUGCAAAGCUUUACACGCUACUCGGGCGACCUGACGAUGCUUUAGGGCUAUUUACCUGCAUGAAUCCACCCGCGUCAAUGGGUGAUGUUCUACCCGCUCAAGAGAUGCUAGGCAAUCUCAAUCAAGCUAGGGCUAUUGUUACUGACUCCCAACGUGAGUACAAAUUAGGUCUUUAUGCUUUAGAGUCUGCUGAGCGUCAUCUGGGUCAGCGAGUUCCCACCCCACGAGCAUGGAAGAUUCUCCGUGCUGAACUUCUUAUAAAAGGUGGACUGGUUGCUGAGGCUGGUGCAAUUGCUAUUCAGCUACUAAGGGAGAAUUCUCAAGACCCAGAGGCUCUUGCUUUAAGAGGUAAAGUUCUCUACUACGAGGGAGACACUGCGAAAGCGGUGACUCACUUUUCUGAGGCUUUACGUCUUGAUCCGGACAAUUCCAAUGCCCGUCAAUUGCACAAGCUCGCUCGAGAGAUCUCCAAGGUUCGAGAGGAGGGCAAUGUUGCAUUCAAAAGCCGUGACUACGCUAAAGCUCGUGAGCUGUACACUCGGGCAAUUGAACUGGAUCCGCACAACCGCUUCGCUGCAUCCAGGCUGUUUUCUAAUCGCGCAACUGUUAACAUGCAACUGAAAGAUUUAACAGCUGCACUAGACGACUGUGAUGCAGCGCUUGAUGCUGACGACGGGUUUGUGAAAGCCUUACGCACCAAAGCACGGGUGCUUGGCCAGCUCGACAGAUGGGAGGAGGCCGUGCAAACUUUCAAAGAGGUAUUGGAGCGUGAAGACGAUCCCACCGUUCGACGGGAACUUCAAGAAGCCGAAUUCGAGCUGCGGAAAGCCUCACGAAAGAAUUACUACAAAAUUCUCGGGGUUGAGAAAACAGCCACUGAGAUUGAAAUCAAGAAAGCAUAUCGUCGUCAGGCACUUGUGUAUCACCCAGAUAAGAAUCCCGGCAACGAAGAAGCUGCAGAGAAGUUUAAGGAGGUUGGUGAGGCAUACGAAAUUCUCUCCGAUGUUCAAAAACGCGGCCACUAUGAUUCUGGAGUCGACCUUGAUCCCAUGGGCGGUAUGGGCGGCAUGGGUGGCAUGGGCGGCAUGGACCCGUCGAUGUUUUUCCAAAUGUUUGGAGGCCAGCAACAGGGCUUUGGAGGUGGUUUCAGCCAAGGGGGCUUUGGCGGCGGCUUCAGCCAAGGAGGUUUUGGCGGCUUUGGCGGCCAGCAGUUCCAGGGCCACGGUUUCAACUACCCCAUGUAA